AGAAAGAUACUGCCGAGUGUCUAUUCUGCCAAGAAUACUUUUAUUUUGAAAUUCUCUUUUAUUACUCCGGAAGUGUAACCGUUCGGAAGUUUGGAAACUCGGGUCGCAUUUUAAUGUUGAGAAAACCUUUUGUUGUUGUUUUGUUUUCCUCUUUGUUUAAUUUUUUUUGAAUCUUUGACAGCGAAACUUUCGUCAGAUUUUUUUUUUUUUUUUUUUUCCCCUCCGGACGUCAGCUUCUCCGAGCCUGCCUGAGCGGUGAAGCCGCCAAACCGCGGGUUGUCCCCGGCCAUGGCCGUGGACUGGGUUGGGUUCGGUUACUCUGCCCUGGUGUCGGCGGGAGGAAUCAUGGGUUACGUGAAAGCAGGCAGCGUCACCUCUCUGGCUGCAGGCCUCCUGUUUGGCCUGUUGGCUGCAGUCGGUGCUUAUCUGGCAUCUCAAGAUCCCAGGAAUGUCUGGCUUUCACUAGGCACCUCGGGAACCCUGGCUGUAGUGAUGGGACUGAGAUUUCUCAACUCCUGGAAGUUCAUGCCAGCUGGCCUGAUGACUUUAGCCAGUGGACUGAUGCUGGCGAAGAUCAUAACUGGGGCGCUGAAGAGGCCGCACACAUCUUGAAAACACUUCAAUGUAUCUUUUCUGCGUAUCUGUAAAUAUCUUGAACAUGGGAAAUCUAACAUUCACCUCUAUGUGGUUUUGUAUGUAUUACAGUCUUCUGUAAAAAACAGUUUAAUUCAAAGCAUGAUUGUAAAGGAAACUUUUCUGACGUUUGAAAAAAUGUCUGUCUUUGAGAAUACACAGCGAUUGUUAUAGUUAAAUGAUUUUUCUGUUUGUGAAAUGUAUGGGGCUCAUCUUGCUAAACGUAUCCAAGGAGAAGGAUUAUCUUUGCCCCAUUUGUAAGUCAAUCAUCACAGCUGAUAAUUGCGCAGACCUGCCUAAACCUGUUUGUGUACCUUAACGAGGAAAAAGGAUAUCUGCACUUUUUCUGCUGCUGUGAAAUAAUACACUCACCCACUCACUUAAAUACAAAAUUAACUACUUUAUUUCAUUCUUUGUAGUCUAUUAUUUAAAAAAAAAUACUGAUGGUAUAAGUCAUGA